AUGGAGCAGACCAUCAUGCCCACUUGUCCAGCUCUCAGCAGUGAAUUUAGUGAAGGUUCUACUGGGUGUGUAUCCUAUUCAGUGCACGUCUCUGAGGAUUACCCAGAUAACACUUAUGUUUCCAGUUCUGAUAAUGAUGAAGAUGUGUUAGUUACAACAGAACCGAUUCCAGUAAUUUUCCACCAAAUUGCUACAGAAUUAAGAAGAACCAGUGAUGUCAACUAUUGCUUAUCCAUAAAAUCAAAAUUACAAAGGGAGAAUGGAGAUGACUCAAGGCACAACAGCACAGUUGAAGAAGACUCCGAAGGAGAUAAUGAUUCUGAGGAAUUUUAUUAUGGAGGACAGGUUAGCUAUGAUGGAGAACUUCACAAGCACCCACAGCUGGAGGCUGAUUUGACAGCAGUGAGAGAGAUCUAUGGACCUAAUGCAGUAUCUCUCAGGGAAUAUGGAGCCAUUGAUGAUGUAGAUAUUGAUCUGCAUAUUGAUGUUAGCUUUCUUGAUGAAGAGAUUGCUGUGGCUUGGGAUGUGAUUCGCACAGAGCCUAUAAUAGUGCGAUUGCACUGUUCACUUACACAGUACUUAAAUGGUCCAGUGCCAACUGUGGAUGUAUUUCAGAUCUCUACUAAGGAAAGAUUUGGGCUGGGACAUCAGCUGAAAAAAAUCAUGCAGACAUUUGUUACACAACAGUGGAAGAACAGCAAAGAGAAAUCUAAUUGUACGCACAAUAAGAAGGUGUCCGACAAAAAAGUGAAAUCACCUCUGCACAUCUUUUCUACAUUGCGCAGGUCGCCAAGUUAUCCUCCACCUGGCUGCGGUAAAAAUAAAUCAAAGCUGAAAUCAGAACAGGAUGGCAUCUCCAAAACUCACAAGCUACUGAGAAGGACUUGCUCUAGCACAGUGAAAGCGGAGGAUAUGUGUGCCACAAAAUCUCACAGAACCUUUGGCCGCUCGUUGUCGAGUGACCCUAGGGCUGAACAGACAAUGGCUAUUAAAUCGCACAAACUGUUGAAUCGUUCUUGCUCUGCAGCCGUCAAGCAGGAGGAAUGCAUCGCUUUAAAGCCCCAUAAGCUAUUAAGUAGGUCGUGUUCUGGGGAUCCUCGAUGUGAGCACAACAGCACCUUGAAGCCCCACAAACUUUUAAGCAGGUCCUACUCCAGUAAUCUUAGAAUGGAAGAAUUGGAUGGAUUGAAGAACCACAAGUUACUCAGCAAGACUUACUCCAAUGCCCCUAAAUCAUCCAAAAUGGAGCCUUUCAAGGAGUCCACCAUAGCAGAGAGCAGGAGGCUCUCUCUUACCUCAGGGCUUAUUGGUAUCUUAACACCAUCUUCAUCAUCACCUUCACAAGCUGCUCAAAAUUAUGGUGCAAAAUGCAUUCCAGUACGAGACCGUGGCUUUCUUGUGCAGACUAUUGAAUUUGCCGAGCAGCGGAUACCAGUAUUGAAUGAAUACUGUGUAGUUUGUGAUGAACCCCAUGUGUUCCAGAAUGGUCCUAUGCUAAGGCCCACAGUUUGUGAACGGGAACUCUGUGUAUUUGCUUUCCAAACAUUAGGAGUGAUGAAUGAAGCUGCUGAUGAAAUUGCAACUGGGGCUCAGGUGGUUGAUCUGUUAGUAUCCAUGUGUCGGUCUGCAUUAGAGUCACCUAGGAAAGUCGUCAUUUUUGAGCCAUAUCCUUCUGUAGUUGAUCCUAAUGAUCCUCAGAUGCUGGCCUUUAAUCCCAGGAAGAAGAAUUAUGACCGAGUCAUGAAAGCAUUGGACAGUAUCACUUCUAUUAGAGAGAUGACACAGGUGAGUUUAAAAAUCUUCACCUAAUUUAAUCGCUAUUUCUACAACUAGGAAGCUGUU